AUGGGCAAUGUUUCCCCCGAAACGAUUGUCACACCCCAAGGGGCAGGAGAAGGGAUACCCCCGGCAUCUGAACCCAACAUGUCGCGAUCCGAUUCAACACCUGGUCAGUGGUUUCCCAGACGAUAUAGAAAACGCACAAUGACCCCUAUCCUGCAGGCAUAUCCGUGGGGAACAUAUCCGUUGAUGAGAUGGUUUGAUUUUGCAGAUGUUUCAAACGCCAGCAAGUCCGCACGAUCAGGAUAUUCAGCCCACCCGUCGAACUCGGCCUACCCAGCUCCCGGACGCUAUGGACCACCAUCUCCCUUAAAUAUGAGCAACGUGGCAUACUCGCUCCCGAACCACCAAUCGCCGUCAUCCUCGUUCGAAGGCCAGCAUCUCAAUUAUCAAUACCCGUCCGCCCAUCCCCAAGGCCUCGUAUAUCCGAUACAAUCUAUGGGUCAUUACCCCGGUCCGAACACUGGUGGAAAUGUACCCUAUGCCGUACCUUUUGCACCGGGGUACGUGCCUUACUCAAUGCAGCACCCUGGGGCCGUCCAACAUGGCGCGGGUCACUAUCCACAGUAUGUGACAAACCCGUCGAUACAGAAUAUGGGACCAGGACAAGCCCCUGCGUACGGAACAGGCUACUAUCACCCGGGUUAUGCGGCGUCCUCUCGACAUGGAUCGCAGUCGGGGCCAGUGCAAAUGCGACAAUCGAGCUCUCAAUCCAGACAAGGGAGUCUAUCUCAGGGACCUCCGACAGCGAACGUGGGAUCUACGAAGAAGGAUACAGACAAACGGGGAUUGGAGGCGGAAUACGAUGUAUCGAAGACAAUUGUGGAUGGUUCGAAUCCGAUGAAGUUGGUACAAGCUUCAUCCAUCCCGGCCGACUCUGCCCUUCUCUCCCAGCCGCUCCCGCCCGCGCCUAGUACUCCUCGUGGACCACCUCGAAAGCCUAAGCAAUCCGGCCAUGCCCUCUGGGUGGGCAACCUACCACCUGGAGCAAGUGUGGUGGAUCUCAAGGACCAUUUCUCACAGGGCGCGACGAACAACAUCGAGAGCGUGUUUCUCAUCUCCAAGAGUAAUUGUGCGUUUGUAAACUACAAGUCUGCCGCCGCGUGUGCGGCCGCACUUACUCGAUUCCACGACUCCCGCUUCCAGGGCGUGCGUCUCGUGUGCCGGCUUCGCAAGGGCUUUACAACUCCGGGGACGGGCCUGGGCCUCGGUGUUGCGGGUCCAGGCUCUCGGUCUCGCCCAGAGGAGACGACAGAUCCUCCUACUGGUCCUAAAGUUGGAUCGUUGUCGGAGACCACGAAUCCUGGGCCGCUGGCGGACGGGGAGGCCUCUCGCAGUUUGGACCGGUACUUUGUCGUCAAGAGUCUGACGGUAGAGGACCUCGAGCUCAGCAAGCAGAGUGGAAUCUGGGCGACACAGACGCACAAUGAAACCAACUUGAACCACGCCUUUGAGAAUACCGACCAUGUCUACCUGAUCUUCUCGGCCAACAAGUCGGGCGAGUACUUUGGAUAUGCUCGCAUGCUAUCACCCAUCAGCGACGAUGAGGAGCUCGCUUUGGAAAUGCCACCUCGCCCCGAGCCUCUCGCUGGCACAGCCGAUGAACUGGAGGUGACCACCACUGCAGCGACCGCGACGGCUCCAAAGGGCCGAAUCAUUGAUGACUCGGCCCGCGGCACAAUCUUCUGGGAGGUUGAGUCCUCGGAAGACGAGCACGAUCAACACAGUGGCGAGGAGAGCGGGGAGGGCUCUGGUGUUGGUCCCGGCCCUCCUGCCUCUGCCCCUGGAUCGAUCACUGUUGACGAUGAAGAGACCCAGUCAUUCGGCAAACCAUUUCGCAUUCAGUGGCUAUCGACCGAGCGGGUGCCAUUUCAUCGUACCCGGGGACUUCGCAACCCGUGGAAUGCGAAUCGCGAGGUGAAGAUUGCACGCGACGGGACUGAAAUCGAGCCGACCGUUGGGCGCAAAUUGAUCGCCCUCUUCCACCUGCCCUGA